CGCGCAGGCGCGUUCUGUCGCAGCUCCACAACUAUCGCGAUAGACCAGCGAAAUCGACUCUGGCCCUUUAACAGCCCCUUCCCGGAGGCCUGCCCCGCGCGUGCGCACUGCAGUUCUGCGCUUGUCAUCAUGGCGACGCGGGGCCAUGUGCAGGACCCGAACGACAGGCGCCUCCGGCCCAUUUACGAUUAUCUUGACAAUGGUAAUAAUAAAAUGGCAAUUCAGCAAGCAGAUAAACUGUUGAAGAAACAUAAGGAUCUGCAUUGUGCUAAGGUUUUAAAGGCAAUUGGUUUACAGAGAACUGGAAAGCAAGAGGAAGCCUUUACUCUGGCACAGGAGGUGGCAGCCCUUGAACCCACAGAUGACAACUCACUGCAGGCACUGACUAUCCUUUACCGGGAGAUGCACCGACCGGAGUUAGUUACAAAACUUUAUGAGGCAGCUGUGAAGAAAGUUCCCAAUAGUGAGGAGUAUCACUCUCACCUCUUCAUGGCCUAUGCCAGAGUGGGUGAAUACAAGAAAAUGCAACAGGCUGGCAUGGCUCUAUAUAAGAUUGUCCCCAAAAAUCCCUAUUACUUUUGGUCUGUGAUGAGCUUAAUUAUGCAAUCUAUAUCGGCACAGGAUGAAAACCUCUCAAAAACAAUGUUUCUGCCCCUUGCUGAGAGAAUGGUAGAAAAAAUGGUGAAAGAGGACAAGAUAGAAGCCGAGGCUGAAGUUGAACUUUAUUAUAUGAUACUGGAACGUCUGGGAAAGUACCAGGAGGCCUUGGAUGUCAUCAGAGGGAAAUUAGGAGAAAAGUUGACAAGUGAGAUUCAGAGUCGGGAAAACAAAUGCAUGGCUAUGUACAAGAAGCUGAGCAGGUGGCCAGAGUGCAAUGCCCUUUCCCGGCGCCUCUUACUAAAAAACUCAGAUGACUGGCAGUUCUAUCUGACUUAUUUCGAUUCUGUCUUUCGACUGAUUGAAGAGGCCUGGACUCCUCCUGCUGAAGGUGAACACUCUUUAGAAGGAGAAGUACAUUAUUCUGCAGAAGAAGCUGUGAAGUUUAUAGAAGAUCGGAUAAUGGAAGAAUCUAAAAGUUCUCGCCAUCUCCGAGGCCCACAUCUAGCUAAAUUGGAGCUGAUUAGGCGCUUACGAAGUCAAGGUUGUAAUGAUGAGUACAAACUCGGUGAUCCAGAAGAAUUAAUGUUCCAGUAUUUUAAAAAGUUUGGCGAUAAACCUUGUUGUUUUACAGACCUUAAGGUGUUUGUUGACCUCUUACCUGCUGCACAGUGUACAAAAUUUAUUAAUCAGUUACUUGGAGUUGUUCCUUUGUCGACACCAACAGAGGAUAAGCUGGCACUGCCUGCUGACAUCAGAGCUCUGCAGCAACAUUUGUGUGUGGUGCAGCUGACGAGGUUACUUGGCUUGUACCACACCAUGGAUAAAAAUCAGAAAUUGAGUGUGGUCAGAGAAUUGAUGUUAAGGUACCAGCAUGGACUAGAAUUUGGGAAAACCUGUUUGAAAACAGAAUUGCAAUUUUCUGACUAUUACUGUCUCCUUGCUGUUCAUGUGCUUAUUGAUGUAUGGAGGGAAACAGGUGAUGAGACCGCUGUGUGGCAGGCCCUGACUUUGCUGGAAGAGGGAUUAACCCAUAGCCCUUCCAAUGCUCAGUUCAAAUUGCUGCUUGUACGAAUCUACUGUAUGCUGGGUGCAUUUGAACCAGUGGUGGAUCUUUACUCCAGCCUUGAUGCUAAGCAUAUCCAGCAUGAUACCAUUGGUUAUCUUUUGACCCGAUAUGCUGAAUCCCUAGGUCAGUAUGCUGCUGCGUCCCAAUCCUGUAACUUCGCACUCAGGUUUUUUCACUCCAACCAGAAAGAUACCUCAGAAUAUAUUAUUCAAGCUUACAAAUAUGGUGCAUUUGAGAAGAUCCCAGAGUUUAUCGCUUUUAGGAACAGGCUGAAUAAUUCUCUUCAUUUUGCACAAGUCCGUACUGAACGGAUGCUGUUAGACCUUCUACUUGAAGCAAAUAUAUCAACCAGCUUAGCAGAAAGUAUAAAGUCAAUGAACCUUAGGCCAGAAGAAGAUGACAUUCCAUGGGAAGAUUUGCGAGACAACAGAGACUUAAAUGUUUUUUUCAGCUGGGAUCCAAAAGACAGGGAUGUUUCUGAAGAACAUAAGAAACUUUCCUUAGAAGAGGAGACCUUGUGGUUAAGAAUCCGAUCUUUAACAUUGAGGCUGAUCAGUGGACUUACAAGUCUCAACCACCCUCUGGAGCCAAAGAACUCGGAGAAGACUGCCGAGAAUGGGGUAUCCUCCCGGAUUGAUAUUCUUCGUUUGCUCCUUCAGCAGCUGGAGGCAGCCCUGGAGACAGGAAAGCGAUUUAUUGAGAAGGAUAUUCAGUAUCCUUUCCUGGGUCCUGUGCCUACCAGAAUGGGUGGAUUCUUUAAUUCUGGCUGUUCUCAGUGCCAGAUAAGCUCUUUUUAUCUUGUCAAUGACAUUUAUGAGCUGGAUACCAGUGGUUUAGAGGAUACAAUGGAGAUCCAGGAACGAAUAGAAAAUAGUCUUAAGUCUUUACUAGACCAGUUAAAAGAUGUCUUCAGUAAAUGUAAAGGUGACCUCUUAGAAGUUAAAGAUGGUAACUUGAAAACACAUCCUACUCUUUUAGAAAAUCUAGUCUUCUUUGUUGAGACUAUCUCUAUUAUCCUUUGGGUCUCCAGCUACUGUGAGAGUGUCCUGCGACCAUACAAACUAAAUUUACAGAAAAAGAAAAAGAAGAAAAAAGAAACUAGCAUCAUCAUGCCACCUGUCUUUACCAGUUUCCAAGACUAUGUUACUGGACUUCAGACUUUAAUUUCCAAUGUUGUGGAUCAUAUUAAAGGGCUUGAAACACAUCUAAUUGCACUUAAACUUGAAGAACUUAUUUUAGAAGACACUUCUCUAUCAUUGGAAGAGAGAAAAUUUUCAAAGACUGUGCAAGGGAAGGUACAGAGCAGUUAUCUGCAUUCACUUCUGGAAAUGGGGGAGCUGCUGAAAAAAAGACUUGAGACCACAAAGAAACUAAAAAUUUAAGAAAGUAUCAACCACGGGCACUGAUGACUGCAACAGAAAAUGACACCAUCUUCCCAGGCAAAAGCAACAUCUGGUUGACCUUGAUUUUAAUCCAGAACUUCCUCAUAAAAUGCAUGAAGGACUUUGUGAAUUUUUUUAGAUGUUAAAUAUAUACAACUGACUAAAUUAUUGUAUAUAAACCAGAAGCAGGACCCUCA